AUGAGCGCCACUCCAACCUCAAGCCUCCCACCUGGCUACACAUUUCACGAUGGCCCACCCCCACUCGAGACCUAUCUUUCCCUCCGGCGCGUGAGCGGCCUCUCCCCAAAAACCCCGGCGCAAGGGGAGGGCGCGAUAUCCGGCAGCUGGGCUUGGUGCACUAUCAUUUAUUCUGGGCCUCCAUCCUCUUCGACCAAAAUCACACCCGGGCCCGAAGUUGUUGGCAUGUUUCGCACCAUUGGCGACGGCGGUUGGUAUUUCCAUCUCGCUGACAUGGCCGUGCUCCCCGCGCACCGAUGCAAAGGAUUGGGAGAGGCGCUGCUGCGGCGUAUGCUGGCCAGGAUCAAUCAGAGCGCGCCUCCUGGAGCGUUGAUCUCGCUGCUGGCAGAUGCACCGGCCAGGAAGCUGUAUAAGAGGAUGGGUUUUGUGGAAAGCGCUCCGAGGAGCUUGGGGAUGUGGCUGGAAACUGGUAAUACAUCUUUGAAAGAGGCAGGCAAAGAGAAUAGGACGUGA